AUGAUAUAUAACCCUUCCGAUGAAUAUGACCUCAUGGUGGCCCAGAACUUGGGGUUGGGCCAGCUCUUGCACAACCAAGUCCUGCGAACCCCCGAUGCCGUUGCAGUGGUCGACGGCCCUUUGAGCCUAACCUACCAUGAACUCCAUAUCAAAUCCCUCGAUAUCGCCAAUGAGCUUCAAAAAAAUCGCAACUUUGUCCGAGAAGAGCCGGUGGGCAUUGUUGUGCGCCACGGCAUUUGGGACGUCGUUGCCCAGAUCGCGAUCAUCUAUGCGGGUGGCACUUGUGCAACUAUGGAUCCCACGCUUCCUGCAAGUCAAAUCCAAGCUCGUCUUCAACGCGUGCGCGCUCAAUGUGUCCUGGUGGACACUGCCAAUUCAUACCACACCGAGCUUCAAUUCUCCUUCCGCCAGAUUAUUGUGAACACUCAGCAACACCCACCGUCUACAUUUGAGGUUUCGACAACUUUGGCACAACAAACAACGGAAAUAAACAUCGACUCUCCGCUUCCUACUCUCACUGAUAUCGAGCACCGAUCGCAUAUCAUACAUACGUCAGGAACAACAAGCGAACCCAAGGCGGUUGAGAUAGUUACCCGCUCCGUUCUGGAGGUGGUGUAUCAUGCACCGUUCGAGCCUCUGCACUCAACGGAUGUUGUUGCACACGUCAACAACACCACCUUUGAUGUGGCUCUCUUUGACAUCUGGGCUCCUUUGCUUCGAGGUGCUCGAAUUGCUGUACUUCCCAAGACAGUGCUCCUGGAUAUGCCAGUUAUGGCAGAGCAGAUAGACAAACUGGGAAUCACCGUCAUGGCCACAACUACAGCGUUGCUCAAUCUGGCGGCGACCACAUUCCCCCAAGCCUUUGCGAAACUGCGCAUGUGUUGGAUCGGUGGCGAGGCGGCGAAUAUGAAGGCUGUAAAGCAAAUUUUCGAUCAUGGUCCCCCAGAAAUUCUGAUCAACGCCUAUGGACCCACUGAGUGCUGUGUUCUUUGCCUCGCUCAUCAGAUCACGAUUGAUGAUGUCAAUGCUGGAAGAGUCAGCAUCGGCAAGCCAAUCGGAAAAACGACAGCAUAUAUAUGCUCUCCUGAGACUGGCGAGGCUGUAGCUGACGGCGAACCAGGGGAACUUUGGAUCGCUGGCCCUGGAGUCUCUUCUGGGUAUUUGAACCAAACCGAGAAAAACUCUAAAGCCUUCGUGUAUGUAGAUAUGGUUGGCAACGAUGGUACAGCAAUCCAGCUCCGCAUGUAUCGCACCGGUGACCUGGUUCGACGAUCACCAGAGAAUGGGCAGAUUGAUUUCCUCGGCCGGGCGGACAAUCAAGUCAAGAUCCGUGGAUAUCGAAUCGAGCUGGAAGCUGUGGAGGCAGCUCUCAGGAAAACAGGACAGUUUUCUGAUGUUGCAGCUCUCAAAGUCGACGCGUCCCAAGACGGAGCCAGCUCAUUGCUCGCUGCGUAUGCGGUUCCCGUCUCACCCGAGCUCGUGUCGAUUCAACAGGCAACCGAUGUGAUGCGGAGUCUUCUGCCAGAGUAUAUGGUCCCUCGGAUUGAGCUUAUCGAACGGAUGCCCUUGAACUCACAUGCCAAGGUUGACCGCAAGCAAUUGGCAGAUCAUUAUCGCCAACGGUGGAAUGAGCGGAAACCUACACAAACUGUCGCCGAAUCCAAUCUCAAUUUUCCAGCGGGUGAGGAUGUCAAGGCCAGCAGCACUCGCAACCGCUUGGAAGGUCUUUGGGCCAACAUUCUGGGCUCACCAGAUGCCAGUAUCUAUCGUGAUUCUGACCAUUUCUUUGAGCUGGGAGGCACCUCCCUGCAAGCGUCGCUUCUGAUAAGUCAGAUCCGUGCCGUGUUUAAGUGCGAAAUCUCUUUGUUGGCACUAUAUGAUAACCCUACCCUGAGCGCUCUGUCUGCCACAAUCGACAAAGCACAGGUGAAGGCCCUGACAGCUGUUCGAAAUGAGCGUGAUAUUUGGGUUGCCGAUACGUAUAUUGCAGAUCAUCUGGCCAUCCCUGUGUCGGCGCGGGUUGUGGACUGGCGCCGAGAUACUGAGGGCCGGGUUUUCCUCACCGGUGCGACUGGAUUUGUCGGCGCAUUCAUGCUCGUCGAUUUGCUCAAGAUGAAGGAGGUUCGCCAAGUUGGUUGUCUCGUUCGGGCAUCAAGCCCUGCUGUUGGGCUACAGCGAAUUAAGGCUGGCAUGGAGAAGUAUGGACUUUGGGAGGAUCACUUCCAAGACAAACUGCUAGCACUGCCUGGACUGUUGGAGGAGCCAUGCUUGGGCUUGGGUGCUGAGCGAUUUGAAGAAAUUGCGAACUGGGCGAGUGUAAUCUUCCACCUCGGUGCUCGCGUCAACUACACCCAGCCCUACUCGUUGCAUCGCCCAGCCAAUACCCUCGGCACGCUCCAUAUAAUGAAGCUUGCCAUCACUGGUCGUCUGAAGGCAAUGCACUAUGUCUCUAGUAUCUCGUGUUUUGGCCCAACAGGAAUGUUCGUUGGGACUCAACGGGUAUUGGAGGAUGAAUGUUUGAUGAAGCAUUUGGAUGCCUUGCCGUACGAUCACGGCUAUGCACAGAGCCAAUGGGUUGUGGAGCAACUCCUGCGUCGAUUGAUUGAACGGGGAUUCCCAAUUGCAGUUUACCGCCCUGGCUUUAUUACUGGACACAGUCAGACGGGAGUCUGCAAUCCAGACGAUUUUUUCAGUCGACUGAUACUGGCCUGUGAGCAGAUGGGCUGUUAUCCUCGAUUGCCAAACCAGCGGAAGGAGUUUGUACCCGUCGACUAUGUCAACGCCAUCAUUUUGCAAGUAGCCAAAUUGUCCUCCUCACCGUCCAUGACCAGCCAAUUGCUUGGACAUGCGUAUCAUAUCGUCCCUCCGAGCCCAGAUGUAUCUAUUGACAUGGAUGAUACUAUGGAACUUGUUGGUCACGCUACCGAUACGGGGCCUAUCAUCGGAGUUGGCUACCAAGACUGGAUUGAGAACCUGGCCACCGCACCACCGCUGCCUCUGCAGCCGUUGCAGCCUAUGCUUGCUGAAAUCGUCUACAAGGGAAUGACCCGGUGGGAGCUAUAUGAGAACAUGCCAAUCUACGACCAAACGAAUGUUGAGCAGGCCUUGGCAAUGACUGCCCCUCAGUUCCCUGCGCUGGAUGGGACAUUAAUGGCUAAGUACAUGCAUCAUUUGAAGAUGUCCGCUUGA